AUGAACGGGAACGUCAAUAACUAUGAAAGCCAAUCGGGCACAGUGCCGUCGAACGGAAGAGGUGCGGGAGGAGAUGGGGGACAAGCGUCUUGUGUAAGUUUUUAAUUUUUGUUUUAUGUAAUCAAAAUCAUCUUUUAGGACAAUUGGCCACAGCCUCCUUGCUUCUACCCUUACGCUGUCAAUGGACCGGCUCCGUUUGUGAGUUCGAAGAGAUAUUGUCAAUUUUCAUUUUGUUCUUUUUUUUUCAGAAUGCUAAUCAACCGCCGUACGUUUAUCACUAUUUUGGGAGAAUCCCGACAAUGAGAGGACAGUACGUGCAGAAUCUGGUAACUUGGCAAUCUUGACGAUUUUUAUAUUAUUUAUAUUUAGGAAGGAUGUGUCAGCUUCCCUCUACCGAUUUAUCAAAUGUACCCCGGUUUUUAUCAUGGGGACGUUUUCUAUGCAGCCAACGGACUUCGUUAUGUUAAAUGUGUCCCGCCUACUCAACAGUUCGGACAAAUGUCCUUGUCAAUCGAGUCUGAAAGAAAUGCUCAUCCGACUAACAUUUCGGAGCAGGGAAGUAUUCCGGUUGUGAAUGACACCAACACUCAAGGGCAGGAAGCGGAGGGAUCUGAGGAUUUUGGUGGAAACGGCGAGACUCCUUCGGACCGGUGAAUAACGUGCAUAAUAAAAAUGAGUGAAAAUGAGUAUUUGCAGCACCGGAACUGCGCAGGACACUUCCGAUAGUGAGCCGGAAGAUGAACCAGAGGCAGGUCCGUCUGAGGCAGGUUCGUCUGAGGCAGGUCCGUCUGAGGCAUGUCCGUCUGAGGCAGGCCCGUCUGAGGCAGGUCCGUCUGAGGCAGGUCCGUCUGAAUCAGGUCCGUCUGAGGCAGGUCCGUCUGAGGCGGGUCCGUCUGAGGCAGGUACGUCUGAGGCAGGUCCGUCUGAGGCAGGUCCGUUCGUUACUGAAAACGGUGUCACUGAAAACGGUUCGCAAGGAACGGACGAUGAGAUAAAGACAAUUCAAGCGCCGAAAGUGGACAAGGCCACGAAGAAAGCUGAAAAGAAAGCGAAGAAUCAGAAGAAGUGAGAUUUUAACUCAAUUUUUGAGUCGUACAUUUUUCUUUCAGAAAGCACAAUCGACAGAUAAGAAAGAAGGCGGAGCAGGAAAAGGAAGAGAGCGAUAAUCAGAUGCUCGAGAACAACCACAGAAAAGACGAGAUGGAUUUGGAAAGACGUUUGGAGAUAUAUGUUCAACAGGAAUCAGAAAUUCGGAAGGAUAAACAUUUCAAAUGUGAGAGAACACAAAAGUCUUAAUAACAAUGUGUUAAAAAUGUACAUUUUAGGUCCCGAAACAUGGCACGACUUUAAAAAAGACUUAUACAGACUCGUGCAACAGAUGAACGUGAAGGAGACCAUGACGAAAAAGAAACGCCUUCGCAACGUCUUCCAGCGCCGAUACGACGCGCUCCGCAGUUCGAAGCUCGUGUCCUCGGAGCUGACAAAGUACUACGGAAUCAUUCUGAAGAAAGAGCUGCCGCUUGUGAUUCUGCAAGACAUCCAAGCCCUCCAGAAAUUCAUCCACAUCGCUGAUCGGGAGUUUGCAUACUUCACGAUGGUCUUCGGUCCGGAAGACUCGUUUUUGAUUGAGUAUCAGAAUAUUUUGAAAGAAAGACCGGCCGAGGAUGAAAAAGGAGUGGCGCAGUAUUUGGGAUCACUGGCCGAAGUUCCUCAGUUCACUUUUUGGAAGUUAUUCUCAAAUAAAGAGGAACUAAUAAAGGUGGUGGUGGACCACAUUGAAGGGAGGAGAGGCGGGAGAGAAACGGCGAAGAACGACGACGGUAAGAUAUUCAAAAAGUCAUUAAUCAUAUAAAUAUAUCAUUACUUUUCAGAAGAUCCGGAAUUCGGAAACAUGGCCGCCAAGCUUUCCGAGAAAGCCCGAGCUCUUGGAGCCAAAAGCCGAAAAGAUCACGAAGGGUGGAAAAAGACAUUUUACCGAAAGCGGAUGGCAAGCCUAAAAGAGUUUGCCAGUUGUAAGAAUGAGUCGGAGGAAAAUGAGUAUGCGUGGAAAAUCCACGCCAUAUAUCAACUCUGCCUUAUUCUCCCGUUCGAGGUGUUCUGUGAGGACGCGGUUGUUCUCGAAGAGUGGUCGCAAGGAAAGGACGAGGAAUAUCUGCAGCAGCUUGAUGCAGCCUAUCUGGAAUGUGUUUUUCAUGUCUGA